AUGCAAUCUGCGACUACACCAGUACUUGGAGGCUGCUUGCCCAAGCAGAUCCGUCGCGCAUUGCCAGUAUGUCUUGUGCUGGUGCUUCUGGCUCUUGUGUUGAUGACGGCCGGAUCGUUGGGCGAGUUCAGCGCUGAGGUAUCAUACCAUGCCUCAAUGGCAAGCGGCAGAUUCCCCAGAAAGAUCUGGCAGACGUGGAAGGUCGACCCUCUCGAUUUUGAAGAGAGGGAUUUAACUACUGCGCGCACCUGGAUCAUGAAGAAUCCAGACCACAGAUACGAAGUCUUGACGGAUCAAAACGACCUUUACUAUGUGGAAACAUACUUCGGCCCUGCUGGAUUCAACCGACCCGACAUUGUGCACACAUACAAGUCGCUGACGGCGAGGAUUGUCAAAGCAGAUCUACUGCGGUAUCUUGUCAUGUAUGCAGAAGGUGGCGUCUACACAGACAUCGAUGUUGAAGCGCUCAAACCAAUCGAACGCUUCAUCCCGAGUCGAUACAACGAGAAAGACGUUGACAUGGUCAUCGGCAUUGAGAUUGACCAGCCCGAAUUCCACAACCAUAGCAUCCUUGGUGGGAAAUGCGAGUCCUUUUGCCAGUGGACAUUCAUGUCAAAACCUCGACUUCCUGUGAUGAUGAGACUUAUCAACAAUAUUCUGAAGUGGCUCAACGAGGUUUCGAGAAAGCAAGGGGUUCCGAUCUCAGAUAUCCAACUUGACUUUGACGAGGUGAUCAGUGGCACAGGACCAUCUGCGUUCACUCGAGCCAUCAUGGAAGAAAUGGCAGUGCGAACAGGGGAGGCUGUUCAUUGGGAUUGCUUCCACAAUCUGGGCGAGUCCAAACUGGUUGGUGGCAUUCUCGUCUUGACCGUCGAAGCCUUUGCGGCCGGGCAGGGACAUUCGGAUUCUGGCAAUCACAACGCUAAGACGGCGUUGGUGAAGCACCACUACCAUGCCUCCGGCUGGCCAACCACCCACCCCCGCUACACGCAUCCAGUGUAUGGAGAGGUGGAGAGGUGCAACUGGGACGCAGACUGCGUUAGAGAGUGGGACGAGAACAAGGCAGCGUUCGAUGCGUUAUCGCCCGAAGAACAGGCAAAUCAAAUUGCCAUGAAGGAAGCCGCUGACGCAGCGCUGCUAUCGGCAGAGACAGGGUUUCCCGCAGAAGGGCAACUAACCAUUCCAUAG